AACCAUAUGCGCUGUUCAAGAGGACUGUUUUUCGUGUAACACUCGACCUCGACCGAUCUUUUGUCCAGUUAAUCGAUCUUACUCAGCUGUGCACUCAGUUCCUUGUUGUUGUAGCCGUUAAGUGUGUCCGGCUACAACAGCAACACCCACAGCUGAGCUGAACUGUCCUGUCCUGUUUAAUUUCAGCUUCAGUCUAGCGAGUUACAAGUAUAACAUGCGAAACUACGUCGCACCUGACCUGUAAGUUACGCUAAUGGAAAUGUUUUCUCUUACAGGAAAUUUCAUAGUGCGUGUACUGGUGUGUGUAGCGUCGCUCCGAUUCAUUCAACGCACAGGGUUGACAGCGAGCUAUCAUUUAGAUUAGUAGCAGCCUGUCAACAGCUUUCCAGCAGAAAUGGUUGUGAUUUGCCUUCGUUUUUGUCAAAAGGCAUUUUCACCGACCCUCAGCCGAGUGCGGACAUUACUCCUGUGUCACAAACAGUCUCUUAAUGGCUGCAGCUCCAGAGGUCCAGGCUUCCACUCGUCUGAUUUACACUCAACCGCAGUGUUUUGUUUGAACCGCUCCCCCAUCUGUCUCAGAACUAUUUCCCCAAGACUCCUUUCCUCUGCUCCAGUGUGUGUCCGACAGCUUCCGGUCCGCUCUCCAGCCUUCUGUGGCCCUGUGAAGAAGUUUCACACGUCAGCUGGACUCCGCGCACCGCCUCCUGUGCUGCUGUGGCUCCUGGCCAAACCUCUGCAGAAGAUCACAGCCAUCAUCCUGGGAAGAAGUAUCAGGAAAUGGUGGAAGGCUUUGCCACCCUAUAAGAAGCGGCUCUUUCGUGAGUGGGCGUGGCAGCGGCGAUGGCGACUGACAGGUGUUGGCACAGGGCUGCUGGUCUUCAUUUUGUUCUUCUUCCUCAUCUACAUGGAAGAGAGUCCUGUGACUGGCAGAAGCAGGUUACUGGUUUUCAGCAAGGAGAACUUUAUUCAACUGACCGAGCAUGCUUCAGAAAUGUACUUAGAGGAAUAUGGGAAUUCGUUCAUCCCUGAUUCCGAUCCGAGGACUCAGGUGGUUAAGCGGGUGGUCCAACACUUGGUCGACAGUAACCAGGACAUUGAAGGGAUGAAUUCUGUACCCUGGACUGUUCACGUGAUCGAGAAGCCCAUCAUCAACGCUUUCGUCAUGCCUAAUGGGAUGAUAUUUGUCUUUACAGGAAUGCUGGAAGCUGUUGGAGACAUUCAUCAGCUGGCUUUUGUCCUGGGGCAUGAGAUGGCCCAUGCUCUGAUCGGUCACGCCGUGGAGCAGGCUAGUUUGUCUCAUGUGCUGGAUUUGUUAUCUAUGAUCCUGUUGACAAUGAUUUGGGCGAUCUGUCCGCGAGAUAGUCUCGCUUUGUUGGGCCAGUGGAUACAAGGCACACUAGUUAAGAUCUUGUUUGACAGGCCUUACAAUCGUAAACUGGAAGCGGAGGCUGAUCAGGUUGGACUUCAGCUGGCGGCUAAGGCAUGUGUGGAUGUGAGAGCUGGGCCUGUGUUUUGGCAGCAGAUGGAGUUAUUCGAUCAAUUAAAAGAAGAGCCCACUAUGCCUGAGUGGUUUUCCACCCACCCCACCCACCACAGUCGCAUCACACACCUUGACCACCUUAUCCCAGAGGCUCUAGAGCUCCGUGCGAGAUGCGGCUGCCCUGCUCUUUCUGACCCUGAUCCCCGGGCUGUCUUUUCCAAGACUGCGCAACUGUUGCUCAAGAACGUAGAGAAAGAAAAAAACAAAGCCAAAGAGUUGAAGGAGAGAAAACCAGCGGAAGGAACACAGCAGAGAGUCCAGCCUCAGUUAGGGGCAGCGUUGGUUAUAUCAGCCCAACAGCAGAAUCUGCUCAGUAAAGAAGACUCGACUGAAAUCCACCUGCUGCGUAAAGAGGUUUAACCAAAAAUGAAUGGGUUGUUUUAAAUGAUGCGCCAUACUUUACAAAUAAUAGCGUUAUUGUUCUGUAUGGUCAAUAGCUUUAUAAUAAACCUUGUUCUUCAGUUUACCAGCUUUGGCAAUCUGGCAGUAAUGUAGCCUAAUAUUUGCUUUGGCAAUAAUGCAAAUUAACACUAAGUGAAUAUGUAGAUGCCUUGUAGCUGUGAUGGCCAGCUGAGAUGGCCACAACCACUGUGAAGAGUGACCUCAAUGAUAGGUUGGCAGCCAUGUUGUGUAAACAUACAUUACCAAAAGUCAAAAGUUUAGAAACACUCUUUCUUUAUUUUUUAUCCACAUUGUAGAAUAAUAAUAGUCAUCAAAACUCUGGAGUAACACAAAGGGAUCUAUGGGAAUUAUGUUGUGAUAAAAAAAAAAAAUCCAAAAUAAAUGAAAAUAAUUUAAUAUUUUAGCAUCUUCAAAGUAGACUCCCUUUUUGUGUAGAAUUUCUAGAAAUGUAUGCUUGGCAUUUUUCUCAACCGAUUUCUUGAGGAAUUCCCCUGAGAUGCUUUUUAGACAGUUUUAAAGGAGUUCCCGCCUACGCUGGACUCUUAUUUAAAAAAAUGGUCAUCUGUUUAAAAAAAAAAAAAAAAAGAUUUUUUUCUAAAUAAAAUGUUAGUCUUCUAAUGAAAGAAACGAAUAUGUUGGCACGAUUAUAAUUUUGUCUACAACACUGAUUUCAAACAUUUAAUCAUACACCUUCAGAUCAAAAGAUUUUUAAGAUCAUGAGAAACAUUUCAGUCAGGCGUCUCUAAACAUUUGACUGGUAGUGUAUGUGUAGUUAAAAUAAAGUAUAACACAGACUUAAGAUGGAAUGAACUUUGUGGCAAAUUUUUUGUUUUCUUUUCAUAGCAGGGGUUCUCAAACAAGGGCGUACAAGCCCACAUGGGGUUGCUUACAAAAUCUCAUCUUUUGUUGUAUUCAUUUCUUUUACAAAUUAAUAUUAGAAAUAUUUAUUGGGAGUCACAUUCAAGCAAGACUCAUUUACACAAAGAGUUCAACAUUGAAAUUGAUUAUGCAAGAAAGAACAUGUGCAAGUUCAGUAUUCCCACUAGACUGAUAAGUCUAAUGCAUGGAAUAUUCUUUUGGUUUUACAUCACUAUUGUUGCACAUAUGUUACUGACAUAAUAAUGUCCAAUGUAGUGGGGCUACGCUGGCUUAGGGGUUAGCUUCGCAUGUUUGCCUCGCACCUUCGGGGUUGGGGGUUUGAAUCCUGCCUUCGCCCUGUGUGUGAGGAGUUUGCAAGUUCUCACCGUGCUUUGAGGGUUUCCUCCCCCAGUGAUUGGCAUGUCUAAAUUGUCCAUAAUGUGUGUGAUUGGCACCUCGGCCAGGGUGACCCCUGCCUUGUGCCCCGAGGCCCCUGGGAUAGGCUCCACGCUCCCCGUGAUCCUGUGCAGGAUAAGUGCUAUGGAAAAUGGAAGGCUUGAUGGGGAAAAAAUGUUGUGUGGUCACCGCUUGGGGUUGAAGAAAAUUCAUAACAUCCAUUUGGGGUUGUUUGGCCAAAUUGUUUGGGGACCCGUGGUGUAUGCGUAAAUGGUUUGCUCAGGGAUUUUAUCAUGAUUUUCACUGUUGCUCAUUUAAAAAAACAAAAACAAAUUAUAUCAUUCAACUAUAACAAUAGAAAUACUUCUGCACAUUGUAGACGAUUUGUUCUUCUUAAAAUGUGAAAUCUUUAUAUUCGUUUUGUGUGUUUCUAAAAAGAAUGUGCCUAGUAGGCUGUGUUGAGAGGAAAAAAUAAACAUUUUUAUCAUUGCUG